AUGAGGAGCAAUGCCAGCUCUACCGGAGCUCGCAAGGCCAACCAGGGCUUGACUUCGGCCUUGGACGGGGCCGCCUCGCCGCCUACUAAUGAGAAGCAAGGCAUGUUCCACCGUGGUAGACGAUCCAAGAAGCCUAGCCGGAGUGGCACUGCGGGCUCCGACGACUUCUCUCUGAACGCCAUGGGAAGGAUCUACAACAAAAUUAUUGGAUUUUCCGUAGUCACGCGGUAUCUGGUUUACAUUGUGCCUGUUGCACUCCUCCUGGCUGUUCCUCUGAUCGUACUGCCGCUCACUGGGCAUGAUAAAGAUCAAGUUGGAAGAGGCGCUUCGACAGGGAAAGAUGAGAAGGGCAACGACAUAUUUGCUCCUGGUCCAACUAUGUUCAAUCUUUUCCUCUGGAUCGAGCUCGCAUGGCUGACUUUGUGGGCUGGAAAGACUGUAGCCCACCUUCUGCCUCCCGUCUUUAUGUUUGUGUGUGGAGUUGUCAGCUCUGGAACUCGCAAGUACGCCGCUGUGCUGAAGGCAUUGGAAAUUCCCUUGUCACUGUUCUUCUGGGCGCUGGCUACCUGGUUGACCUUCAAGAACUUGUUUGGUGGCCAGUUUGAUACCGUCGGCUGGGUUGACGCUAUGAAGAAAGUCCUUGGCGCCCUCUUCGUGUCGUCAGCUGUCUUUCUGGGAGAAAGGGCCAUAGUCCAGCUGAUCAGUGUGACCUACCACCAACGGUCAUUUGCCAACCGCAUCAAGGACUCGAAACGCGAAGUCUACCUGCUUGGACUCAUGUACGACGCCUCUCGUACUUUGUUUCCCAUGUACUGCCAGGAAUUUGCCGAAGAGGAUUACAUCAUCAACGAUAGUAUCGAGCUGAUGCUCGGCGGCAAGAAAGGUCGCAAAGGUGGCGCUGCCACGCCAAUGAGACUGAUUGGAAAUGUCGGUCGAUUUGGUGACAAGGUCACGUCGGUCUUUGGUAACAUUGCGUCAGAAAUCAGCGGCAAACAGCUCUUCAACCCCAACUCGGCUCAUUCCAUCGUUGUCGAAGCUUUGGAGAAGGUUCGGACUUCGGAAGCUCUGGCCAAGCGUGUCUGGUUGUCUUUCGUUGUCGAGGGCAACGACGCUCUCUAUGUUGACGACCUGAUCGAAGUUCUUGGAGAAGCCCACCGCGAGGAAGCUGAGGAGUGUUUCGCUGCUAUUGAUUCGGAUAUCAAUGGCGACAUCAGUCUCGAUGAGAUGAUUCGCAAGGUCGUCGAGAUCAGUAAGGAAAGAAAGGCCAUCGGUAACAGCAUGAAAGACAUUAGUCAGGCUCUGGCUGUCUUCGAUAAGGUCCUGCUUUUCGUUGUCCUGCUCAUCGUCAUCUUCAUCUUCCUGGCCUUCUUCCAGAGUUCAUUCAUCACCACUUUGGCGACAGCCGGAACAGCACUUCUUUCCCUGUCAUUCGUCUUCGCCGUCACCACCCAGGAGUUCUUGGGCUCCUGCAUUUUCCUCUUCGUGAAGCACCCAUAUGAUGUGGGUGACCGUGUUGAUAUUGUUGGUCCGGAAAAGAUGCCGAUGGUCGUUGAGAGAAUCUCUUUGCUCUACACCGUCUUCAACAGAAUCGACAAGAUGCAGGUGGUUCAAGUGCCAAACAUCGCGCUAAACAACCUCUGGAUCGAAAACGUCACCCGGAGUAAUGCCAUGAAAGAGGUUAUCGACGUCAAUGUCUCUUACGACACGUCCUUUGAGGAUAUUGAACUUCUUCGCCAGGAAAUGGAGAACUUUGUUAGACACCCCGACAACUCACGCGACUUCCAGCCCGAUCUCGUCAUCGGUGUUGGAGGCAUUGGGGACUUGGACAAACUUCAGCUUAAGAUUGCCAUGAAGCACAAGUCGAACUGGCACAACGAGGCGGUACGGGCCACCAGGCGCAGCAAGUUCAUGUGCGCACUCGCACUCGCUCUGAAGAAGGUGCCGAUCUAUGCGCCAGGUGGCGGCGGCGAGGCUUUGGGUGGACCUACGAACCCUUCGUACUCGGUCACCGUCAGUGACCAAGAAGCAGCUCGAGCACGCGCCAAGGCAGACGACGACAAGGAUGCCAAGCGCAUGGUGCCUGCGCCGAAACCCGAGAGAAAUCCUUCAAACGCUUCGAAGGCGGGUAUUGCCGACUCAUCGGAGAUGGAAGCAGCACAAAACCUUAACACUUUGAGUGCCGCAGCUCUUGCAGCUGGCGAUGAUUGGGGCUUCAACCGCGACGACGACACUCUCAACUCGCGCGACCCAUCCAAUGAGCGCUUGGAAAAGAUUCGCUCGAACGACAUCGAGAGAUUACGCUCGGAUCUCCAUAAGACCGAGAGUCAACGUAGUGGGCGGAGAAAGGCUGGUGACACCCUUCCACCGGGUCAUUAUGGUGAUGGAAACGCGCCCGGUAUACAAGUGACGCAGCACACUCCCAUGCCUGGCUUUGAUGAGGAAGCCCAAAUUGGCGGUGCCAAUCCGUAUGCGGGGGGCCUGUACAACACUACCUCACAGGGACAAACCGCAUAUUCGGCAUACCAGCAGCCCGGGUUGCAAACUCGCACUUAUAACCAAGGUUCCAGUAGUGCGGCUGGCCCGCAAGCGUCUGGCACACUGCAAACCUCAACACCGUUGUCGGGCGCCAGAGCGAGAGGGGCUAGCGUAUCCAAAUCGCAGGACAACAAUCCCUAUGCGCAACGAUAA